GUCCAUCUUGUGAAGCGAGCAGGAGCAGUCCUCUGAGCUGUUUUAAAGGCCUGUGCGCGUUUCUUAAAUGUGUCAGUCGGUUUGUCUCGUCCUCUGUUGCCCUCCGUCGAGGCUGUAAGGCGCCGCGCGUGCAGACAGAGCGCUGUUAAGAUCUCGCGAGAGCUCCGGCGUUUUCUGUGGCUGGCCGUGGCUUUGCAGCAGACAGAGGGAGAAGGCAGGCAGGCAGCAUCAUGGCGGACAGAGACAGUGGAAGUGAGCAGGGAGGAGCAGCCACGGGCCCAGGCUUCGGUUCCAUGCACUUAGCGGCAGGAGGGGCGGGCUUGGCUUCCGGGCUCCAACACGAGACUCAAGAGCUGGCGUCGAAGCGGGUUGACAUCCAAAACAAACGCUUCUAUUUGGACGUUAAGCAGAACGCGAAAGGCCGCUUCUUAAAGAUAGCAGAAGUCGGGGCCGGUGGAAACAAGAGCCGCCUCACUCUCUCCAUGUCCGUGGCGGUCGAGUUCCGUGACUACUUGGGGGACUUCAUCGAACAUUAUGCCCAGCUGGGUCCGAGCAACCCGGGGCUGGUACAAGACGAGCCGAGGAGAGCACUCAAAAGCGAAUUCUUGGUCCGGGAGAAUCGGAAAUACUACAUGGAUCUGAAAGAGAACCAGAGAGGACGGUUUCUGAGGAUUCGACAGACCGUUAACCGGGGGCCCGGUUUGGGAUCCACGCAAGGCCAGACGAUUGCUCUGCCUGCCCAGGGACUUAUUGAGUUUCGUGACGCUUUGGCUAAACUUAUUGACGAUUACGGUGUAGAGGACGAACCUGCAGAGUUGCCUGAAGGGUCAUCAUUGACUGUGGACAACAAACGGUUCUUCUUCGACGUCGGUUCCAAUAAGUAUGGUGUGUUCAUGAGGGUAAGCGAGGUGAAGCCAACGUACCGCAACUCAAUUACGGUGCCCUACAAAGUGUGGUCCAAAUUUGGGAAUACUUUCAGUAAAUAUGCCGAGGAGAUGAAGAAGAUCCAGGAGAAGCAGCGGGAGAAAAGGGCAUGCGAGCUGCAGCAACAAGAGGAGAUGCCGGCGGACGAUGGAGACGAGGAUUGAUAUAGAGAGCAAAAAGAUGCAAGAGUAAAGAAAAUAACAAGAGAAAUAUAAUUAAAAACUCUACUGUAUAAAGAAAGAAAUCUAAAGAUUUAACUGUAAUGGUUUAACUCCAAGGGAGCAUCACCCACAAUAUAAGAAACCUCCACAACCUGACAGUUAUGACAUGUUGUCACUCAUCGCUGGAUGUUACCCCACUUAUCCACCAUUAAUACAGUUAACAGGCUGCUAAACAAAGUAAUAACAUUAUAUUUGAACAUUGUUUCCUACUUGACAAAUGAUAUUGAACUGAGUGUUUAUUUCCCUUAUUAACAGAAAACUUUUGUACCAGUUAAAGCUAUUGUAAAAAAAAAAAAAAGUGUUUGCAAUGUUCAAAUGGAAUUAUUGCUGAGUUCCGAAGAAAAAGCGUUUCCUUUUCAUGUGAGCUAAUGACUUCAGCACAAAUCAGAUAUUUUAAUUUUUAAACCAAAUUCAAAAACUUUGUAAAAGGUUGUCACAUGUACUACUUGCCAUUCUAUUUACCUUUACCUGUGAGUAGAGAUGUGUUUACACAUGAUUCAUAUGAGGGCUAGGCCUGCUUCGGAAACUGGUUACAUGUCAUGCAGUAUAAAAGGAACAUAUAGGCAUUUUCAUGAAAUGAAAUAAGUGCUCUAUUUGUUGUGCAAUAUGCAUUGCAUAAAAAUCAAAUAUAUUAAACUGGUCAAUGGAUCUGACAGGAUGACAUUUGCCAGAGGCAUUCAAAGAAAUAUUAAUAUUGUAGUUUUGUUUCAGUUGAAAUUGUUGCCAUGCAGAUGGAUAUAUAUUAUAGACUACCUUUGUGUCUCGUUGUUAAUGCAAUGUGUUCAUUUUAAAGGUACUAAAUGUGUAUUUGACAGAAGAAAUGCAGAGACAACAUGUAGCAAAUGGCCUGAAUUGCAGAUUACUCAAGAACCCUACGCAAAUUGUUCUGAUUGGCCCUGUCGUCUGAAAGAAAGGAGGCACAAUUCAGCAGAGCAUCAUUGGUUAGCACAUCCAAAACAAGAGAAACAUUUUGCGAUCUUGUUCAGUCAUCAAAGUCCAAAUGGUGCCAAGGAGUGCUGUUGCUGCAUGUUUAUCUGCACUAAGAUUUCGUUGGUCUCCCAAAAUAUUGGCUCAAGGACCCUUCCUUAUGUAUCUUUAUCUGCCUAUAGUGUACGAAUCUCAAGUUUGAGUACCAAGUGAUUUCCAUCUGAAGGCUUGGUGUAGUUGUAGUAGAAGUUGUUUCAAAGUGUGAUUGUAAAAAGGAGCGACCUUGUGAACCCUAAUCAAAAUAUCACCUUCAUACAAAGAGGAGGGCACUGAGGAGCCUGCCUGGAUAAGCCAAGGACAAGAGGGUGCAGUUCACCUCAGUGGGUGUGCCCGUCCCUUCAAGUUUUAAGAUCUAAGGGUGUGAAGUUCUAUGGGGCUACUUUGGAUACAUACUCAUAGCUCUACUUUAGAUUUGUAAGCCCAAAUAUCUACCUGGGGUUGAUGAGAUUCUCUUUUGGUCUAAUUGUAAAUAUUUGGGCUACCACACGGAAAAACAACUGGUUCUAAUCCAGUUCAGUCGCAUCUCAUAGAUGUGUGAUAGCAGUUUUAUAAACUCUGUCAGUAAACUCCAGAGAAACUGGCAACAAUCAGAUAAUGUCAGAUUUACCUCAGCAUAGAUUAAAUGACUGCUCCCGUGUUUAGAUUGACUGGAAACCAGCAAACUAGACUGUCCUUGACCACCUAUUUUUGGAGCCUGUGGUAUAGCCUAAAUGAUACCUGAUUGGGAGCAUCCUCUUCAGCAUAUAAACAACCUGGUGCCUUACACACUCCGCAUGCUUACACGCUGGCCUGGUGCUUUGGAUUGCAGUUUGGCUUUUCUUUUCUUUUAGUCUUGUUUCCUCUUUUUUCUUCCAUUCUUGUGUCUCAGCCCCCUUGUGUGCUAGUGCACGACUCGUGGUGCUAAAAGGGUUUGUUAAAACCCUUUAAAAAACAUAGGAGCAGAAUUCUUAACUUUUUUCUGCUACCUUCCUCCUUCCCUUACCUAAUUGCCAUCGCCAUUCCCCAGCUAUCCAGGUAUCGGCCUACAUGUAAACAUGGAAAGGGGUGGUCACCUAGAUGCAAGAUGAUGCAGAAGAGUUGGCUCUUCACUAGCCAAGCGCAUUAGCAGGAAGAGCAGGGGCUGAUUGGGAACAUCGAUACUGGCCUGACAUGAUAACAAACUUUUGUUGGCAAGCCCCCUUUGAAAUGCUCGUUCUAUGGCUUGGGUAGUUUUUUGUGCAAGUUGUAAGUCGCUCAAUUAAUGGGGAGCAGCAAGCAUGUCUUGUUUUGUUUUUGUUUUACGUAGUUUUACCUUUUCAGCGUUAUUCCACAUUAUUUGUAAUUUUGGAAUGUUUUCGCCCACAAAAAAUAUAUCUAUUUUUUCUGUGCAACAUUUCAUCACUGUGUGCAAUAUCGUAUGUGCCAAUGGUGGCAAUAUAUGUAUAUCAAUUAAAUAUAUGAUUACUAUUUGAAAGCA